AUGCCCCUCUGGACCAGCCUCGUGGCAGUGACGAAAGCAUACUACACCCUCGGCCUCGUGUGCCUCGGCGGGCCGGGCGUGCACGCCGUCAUCUCCCGGCGGCGCUUCGUCCCGGGCUGGGUCGACGAGCGGACCUUUCUCGACCUCUUCGCGCUCGGCAACGCGUUGCCUGGGCCCGCGAGCAGCCAGCUCAGCAUGUCAAUCGCGGUCGUCGCGCACGGCUUGGUGCCCGGCUUGUGGGCCUUCAUCCUCUGGUGCGCGCCGGGCGCAGUCAUCAUGGGCGUGCUCGGCGCGCUCGUGGCGCGGAUCCCUGCCAGCUUACCGCCGAUCGUGUUGGCCCUCUUGACGGGCGUGAACGCCGCCGCGGUCGGGCUGAUCGCGCUCGCGGCGCUGCAGAUGAGCGCGGCCGCCACGGACAGCGUCACGACGCUCCUUCUCUGGGCGGCCGCUUCCGCCGGCAUAUGCUACCACGCGCCGUGGAUGUACCCGUGCCUCAUUGUCGCGGGCGGCGGCGUGACCCUGCUCUGGGACUUUCGGCGCGUGCUGGUGACCAGAGUGCGGCGCGUGCUUGCCCGACGAGGACGCGACGCACGCGACGACGCCGGCGGAGGCGCAGACGAGGACGAUCACGGAUCUAGGGCAGCGGCGGCGGCGGUUGAGGAGAUCGAGCUUGGUGAGCCUCAGGUCGUCGUGUUCGACGACGACUCGACGCUGCGCCCUCGCGUAGGCGCCGCCGCUGCCGCUGCCGAUGCCGAUGCCGUUCCUUCCGGCUCCACCACACCCACACCCACACCUGCCACACCCCACUCCCCGCUCAACGUCGUCUCACCCCCCACUGCCGCGGCUCUCCUCCUCGCCUUCGUCCUCUUCCUCACCGCGCCCCUAGCCACCCGCGGAGCGCUCCAGCACGCGCACAGGGCCGUGCCUCGCGCGCUCGACAUGCUGACCCUGCCCCCUCCACAACGCACACUCCGCCGCACCCCCCGCCGCACCCAGUUCACCUGCAACAUGAUUACGGCGGGCACCAUCAUCUUCGGCGGCGGCCCGGUCGUCAUCCCCCUGCUCCGCGGGUACGUGGUCGAGCCUGGAUGGGUCACAAGCCGCGACUUUCUGCUGCUGUUUGCAAUAUCACAGGGCAUCCCGGGACCCAUCUUCAACUUUGCUGUUGCACUCGGUGUGCUUGCGCUUCCGUCCGCGCCGGCCGCCGGCGCAUUCCUUGGCUUUGUGGGGAUCAACGCACCGGGAAUCCUUCUCAAGCUCGCAGUGCUACCGCUGUACGCUAGCUGGCGUGACAAGGCGGCGGUGCGCGCUACCAUCCGCGGGCUCAACGCGACGGCCGCAGGGCUCGUCUUCACCGCCGUCUGGCAGCUCUUCUUAGUCGGAUACAUCUACGUGCCGCCAACCGGUCGGCCGUCGACAACAACGACAGCAACAAAGACAACGACAACGCAGGCCAUAAGUGGGCCCUUGACGGCCGAUCCGUUCUGGGCCGUGGUUGGCUCUGGCGCGUUUGUCGCGUCCCGCUAUCUCGAUGCGCCGCCGUGGCUCUCCGUCAUUGGCGGCGCAGGUGCUGGGCUGGCGUGGUUCGGUGUACGGUCGCGACCGUGA